AUGCUGGCUACUACUGAAACUACCAAGACCACAGCAAACAAUGUCUGGGACACCAAGACACAAACAUUUCACGGUGGCCAGGAACAUCGUUUCAUCAACAACUUUGUAGAAGAUUUUAGUGUCACUACCAAUUAUCUCGGUACUCCUCAUAAGGCACUUGAAGCUGCCAGAGAAGCCAUGAGCGACAUUCACCACUAUCCUGCUGCUAACCAGGAACCCGCCAAAUCAUGUUUGGCUGAAUUUUUAUGGGGAUCUGACUAUGCCGAGCAUCACGGACGUUUGUUGAUGGGCAACGGAGCUUCAGAGUUGAUUGAUUUAGUAGUAAGAAAGGCACUUGCAUCCUGCGAACAAAGAGGAAUCAAGCAGCCCACAUGGAAGGGCAGCCCUUGGAAUGUGCAGUACAGAGAAUACCAACGUAGUGCAGAGACAAACGGAUUUGAAAUCUUGGAUCCCUCCAAUCCUGAAAGAGCCGAUAUGAUCUGUAUUGUCAACCCUUGCAACCCCACCGGUGAUUAUUUCUCUGUUGAGCCUUUGAAGGAAUGGAUUAAAAGCAAUGUCAAAUCUGGCGGAUGUGUUAUUGUUGAUGAAUCUAUGCAACCUUGGCAUUCUGCUGAUUUCAGAAACGAUUCACUCAUCUCGGAACACGCUUAUGCUAGAGACAUGUUUGAAAAUGAAGGUGUCUCUGUGCAUGUCAUGCAUUCAUGGACCAAGAUUUGGUCUUGUACUGGCCUUCGUGUUGGAUCCGUCAUUUGUCCUACAGCACAACAUUGUGAAGCAUUGCGUAAAAUUCAAGUACCUUGGUCUGUCAAUGGUCCUGCACUCAAGUUUGUGGAAGCCGUGGUGAACGAUGACGAUUAUUUGCAAGAGACUUGGUCAAAUACCACUAGAUUGAGAGCUUGGUUGAUUGAGCAACUCAAGUCAUUGGGCCACUCAGAGUGGGAAUACCAUGGUAAACUCUUUUUGAGUUGGGUAUGGUUGGACAUGAAAUCUGAGGAGAUGGCAGCCAAAGCCAUCGAGCUGGCCCGUGCUUCUGGUGUACCAGUGAGAAGCGGUAAGCCAGGUUACCAAUGCAACUCAUUUGUGCGAGUAGCUGUUCGCAAGGAACCUGAAGUCCAAGUGCUCAUUGAUGCUUGGAAAUCACUCUAA